AUGUUUCUCUCAUCUAAUGGAUGUUAUUUAAGAUGUAGAGGACAUAUCUAUCGACAACCACCAUGCAAUUUAUUUAUUAGUGUACAAAAAGAUCAUUUUAUGGUGAGAGCUGGCUAUUUAUUACCUCCUGCUGCUAAACAGCAAGUAAUGCUUCUUCAACAAAGACGACGCAGCUUUGGUGGUAGUAUGAGAUUUAGAUCGGCAAGUUUUGUUCAACCUACGCUUGAUCAAUUUACAGUCAAAAGGAUUUGUGGAGCAAUGAAUAUUGCUUAUAGACAACCAACAUACAUUAAAUUUCAAUAA